GGGGGAAAAGUAUUAUACCAUUUGGAUACCUAACGACUACUCGCGGAUAGGGUAAAAAUAAGGGUUUAAGGAAUUUGGUGGUGCCUUGGAAAGAAGGAAGCAUCGUUCUCACGAUCUCCAGGUUUCAAUUUCAAUUUUUAGGCUAUCUAUAACCGUUUAAAUAAUCUAUUGGAUGCAGUGCCUAAUAUUUUAUUUCAUGAAAGACCUUUCACAUGACAAACUUAUUUUUGAACAGGUAUAGGAGAAAUAGUUUUUUUUUAUCACAUUAGUGUCAGAUGUUAUGUCAAAAUAAUGUCUGACAAAUCAAAUUAUUUGUAAAAUGAUUGUACAAUAUCGAUGAAAAUUUAUCUUACCUAUAAGGAAACAGAAUUUCAUUACACGGGAAUGACGCCUGGAGUACCUGAACCAAAGGUGAAAAUAGUAAAGGAGAAAAAGACUAAGAAACCAAAACCAAAAGCUAAGGCUAAACGUAAACAACUCCUGAGAAUUCGAUGUCCAAUAUGCUUUAAUAACUUGGGCAAAGAAUCAGUUGUUUCAACAAAGUGCGGCCACGUGUUUUGUAGAAAUUGUCUGCAGAAGGCGUUGAUACUAAAGCCAGUAUGUCCUACAUGUCGAAGAAAGUUGACAGGCUAUCAAGGAUAUCAUGCUCUAUACUUGGACGACAAUGUAUGUGAUGAGCUUGUGGAAGAAAUUACCAUCAAACCAUAGUGUCGAUUCGAACAGCUUUUAUUUGUGCGUGAAUUAACAAAUUAAUAUGCGAAUCAUUUUAGGUUUGUAAUAAUUUAUGUGUCCUGUUCUGUUCUCGUUCAAUUUAUCAAUGAAAGUCACUACAGUUUUCAUUAAUAAGAAAUAAACCCAAUUUAUAUAAGGUAUUUUUUAUUCCAUUCUUCAUUUUGGAUAUCAUUAGGCCCAGCGCUCACCGUUGGUAGCACGGCAGGCGGAGCGCAUUUGAAAACAACCAUUUAAUAUAACCCUUAACUACCUUGACGUACGGUCUACAAAAUAAUAAAUUCGCAUGAGCCGCUUGGGCGCGCAUGAAAG